CUUUUCAUCAAGAAAUCUGUGUCCCUUCUUCCUCUGCCUCCUUUACAACUCCUCCGCUCCUCUCUCUCUCUGUCUAUAAUUACUUCCAAUCUCAACAGUUCUCACUUCCAAUCCCUACAACGUCUCUCUUCUCUUUCGUUUUGAUUGAACCCACCUCGCAAAAUCUCAUCUUUCACUUCCCAUCUUCACCUUUUCUCUCAGAAGCAAACAGGGUACUCUGUCGCCACCAUGUUUCGUCAUACAAGCCCUCCAAUAUCGGAGCCUAAAGUCUCAACAACACCUUUGCUGUAUGCAACAGCAAGCAGCAGCUGCAGCUCCAGCAGAAGCAGCAGCGAGAUUGAUGAUAGCCCCGGAAGUUCCCAUAGGUUUGAGGUCGUCGACGUGAAGUACCAACUCCCCUGCACGCCCGACUCUUCAGGUCCGCAGUCCCAUCGGUCCCUCGCAGUCCUGAGCGGGCACGUCGGCUCUGUCUCUUGCUUGGCUGUCUGCGGUGAGUUCAUACUCAGUGCUUCCCAAGGCAAGGACAUCAUCGUGUGGCAGCAGCCCGACUUGCGACUCUUCACGAAGUUUGGCCAGGGGGAUGGGUCGGUGAAGGCUCUGGUGACUGUUGGCAAUAAAGUGUUCACGGCCCAUCAGGAUUCCCGGAUCAGGGUUUGGAAGGUUUCGAGGAGGUCGGAGAAUGUAUUCAGGCUGAUUGAUACGCUCCCGACUACAAAGGACUACUUGGGGAAGUUCAUGAAGCAGAGCAAUUAUGUCCAAACAAGGAGGCACCACAAGAAGCUUUGGAUUGAGCAUUCGGACAGCAUCUCUUGCUUGGCAGUCCACAACGGGCUGGUCUACUCGGGGUCCUGGGACAAGACCCUGAAGGUGUGGAGGAUCUCGGACUUGAAGUGUUUGGAGUCGAUAAAGGCCCACGACGAUGCUAUCAACGGGCUGAUUGCUUGCAAGGGGAUAGUCUACUCGGCCUCGGCCGAUGGCAAGAUCAAAGCUUGGGGAAAGGGCAAGGAAGGGAAGAGCUCGCAUUCAUUGAAGGGCAUCCUAGAGGGCCACAAGGAUGUUUCCGUCAAUUCAGUGGUGGUCUCGGACGAUGGGAAGUGGGUCUAUGGAGGUGGGUCUGAUGGGUUUGUGAUGGGCUGGGAAGGAAGCUGUGAUUUCAACAGCUGGAAAUUGGUUUCCGAGACAAAAGCUCACCAAAUGGCUGUUCUGUGUAUGUGCCUGGUGGGUGAAUACCUGUGCAGUGGCUCGGCGGAUAAGAGCAUUGGGAUAUGGAAGAGGGAAGCAUUCGGGAAGAUCUCUCGGGUCGGGAUCGUAAGAGGCCAUGAAGGGCCUGUCAAGUGCUUGCAAGCUUCAUCUGUCAGUGUCGGAGAUGGGUUCAUGCUCUACAGUGGGAGCCUUGACAAGAGCCUGAGGGUCUGGUGGGUCCCCAAACACUCCAACACCAAGAAGCAGGACACAGAUUCAUUGACAAGUACAGAAGAAAGUUCCAUUUUGUGUUAGGGAAUUUUUUCAAGUUUGUGAACUUUAAGUUAGUUACGUUGUUGAUCGGAGUGGAAGCGCUGCUUCCCCUUUUAUCGGCAGCAGUGCUUCAAAGAUCAGUUUUUUCUGGGGUCGAGUCCAUAGUGUUAAUAGAGUUUCGGUUUCUGGUCUUGAUUGUUAUGUUUCUUUUUCCUGUUAAAGAAAGAUAGAUGAUGAGGGGAAAUAGAGAGGAAAUAGGCGUGGAUUGAUUUUGGUUGAAUAUAUUCUGUGAAUUGUAAAAACCUGAAGAGUUUGAUCAGAUCAUUAAAAUGAUAAUUUUAUUCUUUGUUA